CAAGCAUAACAUGAAUAAUGACAUUCUAAAAAGUAAUUAUAUAAAUAUUACUCUAACAAAUAGGAUUGAUUCCAUCAUCAUAAUAUCCUUCUGGACAUACACAUUGUGAAUUGAUUAACCCUCUAAGACUUAAAGGAGGGCAAGUUAAGCAUAAAGUAUCUAAUACUGCACAUGAUUCACAUCGAUAGUUACAUUCUAAAAUAAAUCAUAUUUCAUACAAGAACAUUUUGGUUUGCCAAUAUCAAAUAAAUUAGUCUGACAAAUGCAAGAUGUUCCUUAUUAAAUUCUAUAAUCCUGAUCCCAACAGUUAAUACAUUCUUUAGAUGAAGGACCUGAACAUGUUAAACAAGAAUAAUGACAAACUUUAUUCACUUAAUUUAAUACCUUGA